CACAAAUACACAGAUAUACACACACACACACACACACACAUUCAUACACAGAUAUACACACACGCACAGACACACACAUACAGAGACACACACACACAGAUAUACACACAGACACACACCAUGUUGUGUUGCGUAGAGCUUCUUUAACUCGAUGACCUCACCAUGGUCAGAUCUCACCGUGGUCACCAUGGUCAGAUCUCACCGUGGUCACCGUGGUCAGAUCUCACCGUGGUCACCGUGGUCAGAUCUCACUGUGGUCAGAUCUCACCGUGGUCACCGUGGUCAGAUCUCACCGUGGUCACCGUGGUCAGAUCUCACUGUGGUCAGAUCUCACCGUGGUCACCGUGGUCAGAUCUCACCGUGGUCACCGUGGUCAGAUCUCACUGUGGUCAGAUCUCACCGUGGUCACCGUGGUCAGAUCUCACUGUGGUCACUGUGGUCAGAUCUCACCGUGGUCACCGUGGUCAGAUCUCACUGUGGUCAGAUCUCACUGUGGUCACCGUGGUCAGAUCUCACUGUGGUCAGAUCUCACUGUGGUCAGAUCUCACCGUUGGUCACCGUGGUCAGAUCUCACUGUGGUCACUGUGGUCAGAUCUCACUGUGGUCAGAUCUCACCGUGGUCACUGUGGUCAGAUCUCACUGUGGUCAGAUCUCACUGUGGUCACUGUGGUCAGAUCUCACUGUGGUCAGAUCUCACCGUGGUCACCGUGGUCAGAUCUCACUGUGGUCAGAUCUCACCGUGGUCACCGUGGUCAGAUCUCACUGUGGUCACUGUGGUCAGAUCUCACCGUGGUCAGAUCUCACCGUGGUCACCGUGGUCAGAUCUCACCAUGGUCACCGUGGUCAGAUCUCACCGUGGUCAGAUCUCACCGUGGUCACCGUGGUCAGGUCGCCAGACAUUAGACUCGUUUUUCUUCUAUGAAAAGAAACUUGAUGUUUUUAUUAUAAAUAUGAAACUGAUGUUUUGUCUUCGUUGGUUUUUUUUGACUUGUGUUCCAACAAAUACUUGAAUUUCUUAUUAAAAAAAUAAAAGAAGCUGUUUAGAGUUAAAGUAGUGAAUGAUAAAUACAUAAAUGGACACUGGAUAAUGCUCCUCCUCCUUUUCUUUACAACUUUAUCCUGAAUGUUUUCGUGAUAAAGACCUGAAACCAGAAGAAGAAGUUUGUGAAAUGAUGUUUGAGGACGUGGUUGUAAAUAAAGCUUUUAAAAAUCUCUGAGAAA